AUGGCGGUAACAGAGAAGGGCACAGGCCCGAAGCCAGGCAUGGCAAAGAGGAUCUACCUCAUGCUGGCGCCGGACUCGCAGAAGGACGACGAAGGCCGAGAUAACUUCAACUCGCGAUCGCAGUUCGUCCUCUGCGCCAUGGGAGGUGCUGUAGGCCUGGGCAAUCUCCUUCGAUUCCCAUCCGUGGUGUUCAACAACUACGGUCUCCAGUUCUUCAUCCCCUACCUCGUCGCUCUCUUCCUCAUCGGUAUCCCUAUUCUGAUUCUCGAAAUCACCCUCGGACAAGCCUACCGCGGCGGCUGCGUCAUUGCCUGGAACAACGUCAACCACCGCGCCAAGGGAAUCGGUCUGGCCAUGGUCUUCAACGGAUUUGCUGUCGUUGGUUACUACGUCCCCAUCCUCGCCUGGGCAAUGACAUACUUCCGCAUGUCGUUCCAGAGUCCUCUCCCGUGGGCCGGCCUGGAUACUACCGACUUCUUCCUGAACAAUGUUGUUCGUAACAAGGAUCCUACUGGUGGAGAGGAUGGAGGUCUUAAGUCCUAUCCCGGCCGCGGCAUCGUUGGUGAAACCUUCGGUUGGUGCGUCAUGAUCUGGUUCAUUGUGUGGAUGUGUACAUUCAAGGGCGUCGGUCUUACUGGACGAGUCAUCUAUGUCACCAUGGCCUUGCCCCUUAUAAUGAUUCUUAUUCUUGCCAUUCGAUCUCUUUCGCUUCCCAAUGCCUCUGAUGGCUUCGCCCUGUAUGUUGGAACAUGGCGAAGCGAGUCCCUCCAGGGCUCCAAAGUCUGGCAAGAUGCCUUUGGACAGAUGUUCUUCUCCAUUGGUGUGGGAUUCGGCUACUUCACGUCCUACGCCUCAUACAACAACAAGUAUGCCAACGCUGUGCAAGAUGCCUUCAUCAUCGCACUCAGUAACUCCAUGAUUGAGAUCAUCUCAGCCUUGGCUGUUAUGGGCGUUGUCGGGUUCCUGGCCAUUAACCCUGGUGAAGUUCCUCCCCUGUCCACCUUUAGCUCUGGCUUCUUCUACUACCCCGAAGCUCUUGCGAACAUGCCCGGGUCCAACUUCUUCUCUGCUCUGUUCUUCAUCACCCUGGCCCUGCUCGGUUUAACCUGUGUGUUUGCAUUGGCCGAGGUUCUGGUUACCCUGCUUUGUGACACUGAUCUCGGCCAACGUGUGCCUCGCUGGGUGAUCUCAACCUCCGUCAUCAUCUUGGGUGCCUUGACAUGUCUCAUCUACAGCAGUGAAUUUGGAUUUGCUGUCCUAGACGCCGUCGACAUGUUUGUUAACGAUAUCGCUCUCUUCAUUACGGUGUGGUCUGAGACAUACAUGGCCUGCACUCUCUACCGCUGGAGAGACCCAGUUGACCAGAUCGGCGCCCUCAGCUACUACGCAUACAAUGGAUGCUACGUCCUUGGUCUUUUCCUUGGCCCCUUACUCGGCCACCUCGUAAGCCCCGCCGCUGGUGCAGGCGUAGGCUUUGGCGUCUUCAUCGCUGGUGCUCUCGUCUCUGCGUUCAUGGGCAAAACCCCAACUGUCCCAGCUCCCAGAUUCUGGGGCAACAAUGCUAUCCUCAGCCGCUUCUGGUACGCGGCCUUCUACUCGGGCAACCAGCUCCGCCAAGAUCUCAACUGUGCUAUCAACAACGGCGGUAAGAACUGGAAAAUCCACUGGGUCUGGCCAAUCUGUCUCAAGUACAUCACCGGUCCCGCUGUCGCACUGGUGUUCUCCUUCGCCUACCCCAAGUUCCUCAACGGCCACCGAAACGACCCCCCAUUCAUCUACAGCUUUGUACUCAUGCACGUUGUUGUCAUCUUGAUCGUCGGUGCAUUCGUUGUGCCGCGCUUCCUCAACAUCCUCAUCCCUGCUCACCGUAUUGAGAGAGGCGAUGGAAAGUACGAUGUUGCGCCCCAGAUGACUCUUAACCUCUCUCCCACUGUUGACAAUGGUCUUGAGGGUGGUCUUGAGGGCCGCAGCGUUGAUGCUGAGCAUAGUCACAGCCACAGCGGCGAUCGAAGCAGCAUUGAGGCUGAUGCUAGAAAGGGUGUACCGACAGCCGAGCCAGGUGUUGUUGGAUCAAAGUACUAA